UGAUGGGGAUGCUCCAGCGGACAUUUGAUCUCCUAGCCCUCUACAGCAUACCGCCUCCUUUCCAGAUUCCCAUGGCGGGAGGUGCUCCAGCCGGACCUUCUGUCUCUGCUCGGGGGAGGGAUGAGGGGGGCAGGAUAUUUCCCCGUACCAGGGGAGGGCGUACUCAUGUCGGGAGUAGCUCGCGAGCUCCAGUCCCGGACGAUGAUGACGACGAGGAGUUAGAGGCGGAGGCAGAGGCGGAGUCUGAGUCAUCGGAGGAGGAGACCGGAGACGGUUCUAGCUCGGGUUUUGACGACGACGCUGAUGAUGCUCCUGGACCCUCGUCCAGGAAGAGGACUAGGACGGACUGACGGCCCCCCGGAGUGCUUGACAUGGAUGCAGAUUUUUGCUCUCUUCUUCUUUCUUGUACUUUUCUUUUUGUUGGUAGAUAGAUUACCUUGUACUGCCGCAGGCAGAUUUUUGUUUCCAAAACUUGUACA